UUAUUUGUCUAGGAGAGGUAUUCUGAUAUUCUCCAUAAAGACCACACAACCUUCGUCCAUCUCCAUAACACGAAAAAAUGGCGGCGGCAGCAGCAGCAAAAGGACCUUGCCUCAAUCAUAUUUCCAGAGAAUCCCCUGACAUCCAACGCCUCGCCAACUUCUACGUCGAGGUAUUUGGCUUUGAGGAAGUUGAGAGCCCGAAAUUCGACUUCGGGGUGAUAUGGCUGAAAUUGGGUUCUUCUUUGUACCUUCACCUAAUUGAAAGGGACCCUAAUACGAAGCUUCCAGAAGGCCCAUCGAAUUGUUCUGCAUCAGCCGUGGCGGACCCUAAGAACCUUCCCAGGGGACACCAUCUCUGCUUUUUUGUCCCAAAUUUCGAUUCCUUUGUUCAGACCCUUAAGGAGAAAGGAAUUGAAAUACACGAGAAGACUCAACCAGAUGGGAAGACAAAACAGGCCUUCUUCUUUGACCCCGACGGUAAUGGGUUGGAGGUAUCUAGCCAGAGUCCGGUUUUUUAAAUCAGGCACUUUUUGUGUAUAUUAUAUGCACUGCAUAUGCAAGUACUAAAUAAAUUGUCACCAACACCUGAUGUUAGGUUUCGAAUAGUAAUAUAUGUAUAUUAUAUGUUGUCUCUCGUGCAGUUCUUCAAAUUUGCGGUUUCUUUAAUUUUUUUUAAGGUUUCGUUAUUGAAAAAAAUAAUAAGAAAAUAAAGGAUCUCAUGGAUCACAAGGUUUUUUUAAGGUUUGUAAUCUCAUGUCUGAGACCACGCACCUGAAGCUACGAUUUUGGGGGUUAUAUAUGGUGCUCCAAGCCUGAAGUUCAAUUCAACCACCACGUUGAUCAUGUUCAUCUAAGAAAGAUCAGCUGUGGUUUUCUAUGUCUAAGUUAUUUGUUAAUUAAUCAAUCAUUUAUUUCAUUGCGAUUUUCCAAAUUUUAAAUACUUGUG